CUCAACUCCUCGGAGUUUAAGAAAUGGGCAGAGUCUCUGCCUGUGUGUGUGUGUGUCUAUGUACUCAGCGCAGAGCCGCGCCUCCCCACUCCCGCCCCGCCACGCGCCACACAGCGUCCGCGCAGCUCGCGGGUGACGGAGCCGCUGCGCUUUAGGACGGAGCUCCCGGAACCGGAGCGCGAACAGCGCGACGCCGCCAGCAGCCGACGCGCCCAAGGAGGGUUGCGGAGACUCCCACACCCCCCCCUACGUUUACCCCGGCGCGCUUUCGGAGUGGCGACCCCUCCUGAAGAUUUGUGGACAUAUCUGAGAUGCUUUAAAAGUGGUCUCAAGUCCUGCCAACGUGGAAUGAGCACAGACAGUGGACUGUUGAGCUGCUGUCGUCUGUAAAGGUAACGUCUACACUGCGCCGAAACGGGAAGUUUCUGCUUUCUGCGUCAAUCAUGAGACCCAGGGUGCACUUUCUCCUCGGCCUGUUCUCCUUGAUGACUCCACUCCUCUGGGCGAUCAGCUUCCCCGAAGAUGACGUGCCCAUUGAGACAGUAGACUAUCACUUUUCAAAACAGUAUCCAGUAUUUCGAGGGCGUCCCACAGGCAACGAAUCUCUGCACAGGCUCGACUUUCAACUCAUGACCAAAAUUCAAGACACACUCUUUAUUGCUGGCAGAGACCAGGUUUACCUAGUCAGUCUGCGUGAGACCUACAGGAAUGAAAUAAUCCCCUAUCGGAAACUGACGUGGCGAUCUGGCCAAGCAGACCGGGAGACCUGUGCUAUGAAGGGCAAGCGCAGAGAGGAAUGUCACAAUUUCAUAAAAGUGCUGGUUCCCAGAAAUGAAGAUCUGGUGUUCAUCUGUGGCACCAACGGCUUUAACCCCAUGUGCAGAUACUAUAGAUUAGACAACCUGGAGUUUGAUGGGGAGGAAAUCAGUGGCUUGGCAAGGUGCCCAUUUGAUGCCAAGCAGACCAACGUCGCUCUCUUUGCUGAUGGGAAGCUGUACUCGGCCACGGUGGCUGACUUCUUGGCGAGCGAUGCGGUCAUUUACCGCAGCAUGGGAGACGGUUCGGCCCUCAGGACCAUCAAGUAUGAUUCCAAGUGGUUAAAAGAACCACACUUCCUUCAUGCCGUAGACUAUGGGAACUAUGUUUACUUCUUCUUCAGAGAAAUUGCAAUGGAGCACAAUAACCUGGGAAAGGCGGUGUACUCCCGAGUGGCUCGCAUAUGCAAGAACGAUGUGGGUGGGUCUCAGCGAGUCCUGGAGAAACAUUGGACCUCCUUCAUGAAGGCGCGCCUCAACUGCUCUGUUCCAGGGGAGUCCUUCUUCUACUUUGAUGUCCUGCAGUCUAUUACAGACAUAAUAGAUAUAAAUGGAAUGCCCAGUGUGGCUGGGGUGUUCACCACACAGAUGAACAGCAUCCCAGGAUCGGCCUUGUGUGCAUUUACAAUGGCAGACAUAGAGAAGGUGUUCCAGGGCAGGUUCAAAGAGCAAAAAACACCCGAUUCUGUUUGGACUGCUUUCCCAGAGGACAGACUGCCGAGGCCCAGGCCAGGCUCAUGUGCGGGACAUGGGCCAGCGGAAGCUUACAAAACCUCCAUCGAUUUUCCGGAUGAAACUCUGCUUUUCAUCAAGUCCCAUCCUCUGAUGGAUUCCUCCGUGCCGUCAGUGAGGGACGAGCCAUGGUUCACGAAAACACGCGUCAGGUACAGGCUGACGGCCCUAGCAGUUGACAACUCUGCUGGACCCCAUCAGAACUACACCGUUGUCUUCAUUGGCUCAGAGGCUGGUGUACUCCUCAAAGUCCUGGCCAAGACCUCUGUGUUCUCCCUGAAUGAAAGUGUGCUACUGGAAGAGAUUGAUGUCUUCAAUCGAGCAAAGUGCAUCUCCAACAGUGAAGACGACAGACGCAUUCUAUCACUUCACCUGGACAAGGAGACCCACAGCUUGUUUGUGGCUUUCUCCAGCUGUGUGGUGAGGGUGCCCCUCAGCCGCUGUGAACGCCACAGUUCCUGCCAAAAGUCCUGUAUUGCAUCCCGGGAUCCCUACUGUGCUUGGAUGGCUCGUGGCUCCUGUGAGAGGGUCCAGCCUGGUGUCCACGUCGGGUAUGAGCAAGACGUAGAAUAUGGCAACACCGCACGACUGGGUGACUGUCAAGAAUUUUUGGCUACUACAUCUCCGCCAGAUUACAAAUCAUUUGGUGACCCAACAUCUGACAUGGAGUUGGUUUCACCUUCUGUCACCACUGUGGCACGUGGCCCCAUAGAAUCACCUCAAAUCAUUGCCAGUCAGAAACCUGAACCGUUUGGUUCAAGGAAAUUCGUGCUUCAGGAUGACCCAGCCACUUCACAUUCUUUUGAAUCAUUACCAGGUGUCCCGGAGGGUGUGUGGGAGAUCCAGUCUGGAGAGGCCAACCAAAUGGUGCACUUAAAUGUGCUCAUAACCUGUGUAUUCGUGGCCUUCCUACUGGGGGCCUUCAUAGCUGGAAUGGUGGUCUACUGCUACCGGGACGCCUUCCUUCGCAAGCCCAGGAGAGUUCACAAGGACACGGAGUCUGCUCAAUCUGGCACAGGUUCCGCGGGCAGCUUUGGAAAUAUCGAUGGCUUGUUUGACAGUCCAGUGAAGGAAUAUCAGCAAAGUAUUGACACCCCAAAGCUGUACACCAACCUGCUGAGUAAUGGAAAAGACACUGCACCCCAUGGGGACACAAAAACAAUGAUACUUAGCGGCCCAGGUCAGCCCCCAGAGCUGGCUGCCCUUCCAACCCCCGAGUCCACACCGGUUCUUCAACAGAAGAGCCUACCACCACUCAAGAACCAGUGGGAUAAAGCUCAAAGCAAGAUGACUGCAGCUCGUAAAGAGUCUUUAUCGAAAGGUUCCCAGUACUUCUCAUCUAGCCAACCCGCACAUUCACCUGUGGGGCCCACCCACAUCCCCAGUGCCGUGGUACUCCCCAACGCAACCCACAGCUACAAGGUGGAUGUGCCACACAGUGAGAGGAAAGUCCAAAAUGCAGACUAUCCAGCGAGCUCCAAAUCCAGCAGAAAAGACCACAGGCGCUCAGUGGAUGCCAGAAACACCCUGAAUGAUCUCCUGAAGCACCUAAAUGAGAAUGACGGCAACAGCUCCAAGGCUGUUCUUGCAGAAGCACCGAAGGCCCGGCAAAAUACGUUGGAUCCAAUAUGCAUGACUGAGAUUCCUCCGAAAGUCCCUAGCAGGGAAGCCUCGCUGUACUCGCCUUCUUCUUCCCUGCCCAGGAACAACCCCACAAAGAGGGUGGAUGUGCCUACAACACCAACUACACCCACAGGCCCAAUAAACACCUUAGAGAGACAGAGGGGCUACCACAAGAACUCCUCACAGAGGAAUUCAGUAGCAGCCCCUCCCAAAAACUUGACUUCCAAUGGGUCUGUCGUGUCACGGCAGCCCAGUACAAACAGAGGGGGAUACAUGCCCCCAACUCCUCCUUCCAGACUGGACUCACAUGGGGCAGCUCUGGGGAGUCACCCACAGCCCUCUGUGUCCAGACAGAGCAGUUACAGUAGCCAGAGCUCUCUGCCACAAAUGGGGGUCAAGAGAGGACCCUCUUUAAAACCAGACCUUCCCCCCAAACCCAACAGCUUUGUUCCACAGACUACGCAAAUGAGGGCAGUGAACAAAUACAGCUACUGAACAGCAGUGCACGGCUGUUCACGCUCAAAAGAACAAUAGGUGUUACAGCCGGGACCUUAAAGAGGGUUUCCCUAUGGAGUAUUUCAAUUUCCCCAUGGAGUAUUGAAAAGGGAAUCUACAAGUGGCUGAACAAGAAAGCUGCCAGUUCUGUUUCUUGUUUUUCUUUUGUUCGUUUUGUACAUUUUUUGAAACUUAAACCUGAGAGCAAGUUAGAGGCAUUUCCUUUUCAGCUCCCGGGUGCAGAGGUGGUCGUCUGUUGCGCUGGUACUUCUGAUGCUGGGGGGGGGACAAGCUGCAUGGGGAACUUGACUGUUCGUUUCAUGCAGCUUUGCCAUUCCUGCACUACAGGUUUACCACGCAAGAAUACUUGAAGAAUGGUUCCAUUACUCACUGCCACUGAGCACUGUCUUCCCAUUAAAAUGUGAACUUUGCAAAACGGCCUAAGAUGUAUGGGUUCGUCAGGAGCCCUGAAGAAGGCAAAAACAUCCAAUGUAAUGGUUGUGCAUAAGUACAGUAUGACCUUGAGAAAAGGACAGACCUGUGGAUGACAGAGACUGUUCAAGGCAUGUCCGUGAAAGGCAGACUAUUGCCCCCUGUGAUGCAUACAUAGGCAAUAGGAGGCACUUGGACACAAUCUGUCAUACAGUCAGUCAAAAAGGGGACAACUUAUUGUAGUUGCAAAGAAAAUGUACUUUCCAAAGUACCUUAACGUGAGAUCGUUUUGGCCAUUGACAUGCACACAUCAAGUACAGGUCCUCUCUAUGCGUUUGUCAAUAAAGGUCAGAGUAUCAUUUUAACUCCCUGGGAUGUCACGAUGUAUUUGCUGCUGCUGGUUUUGGACAGCCGUUGUUCCAUUUUGUUCUUGAAUAUUUCCUCCCAACAGUGUGCAAUCUGAACUGUAGCAUCAGUACCAAUUUAGACAAAUUGUUAACGUGCUGUCUACUCGUGGUGCCGAAGGAGGGACAAUGACAUAGUGAACUCGUUCUCACAUAGAGCCAGGCGAUGAUCAAUUUGGGAGCAACUCCAGUAACGUGAAGUGAUUUUUCCAGUAGCCUCAGUCCAUGCUAGGCCAUUGAUUUUGCUACUGCCAUGGGGUUUCGAACUGGUAGCCAAUUUGAAGACUGUAAUAAUACAUUGUAGCUCUGUUUGCCAAAAUGCAUGUCUGUCACUAUAGCGGUUACCUCUACUCUUC